AUGAAGUUGGCCUGGGCAACCUCUCUCCUCCUACUGGGCUCCACCGGUGUCACUUCUUUGUCGAUUCCCCACCUCGACAUCAGUCUACGUGAUACUAUUCUCCCCGCCGACCAUGAAUACAUCGAUCUAGAAAAGCGACGCGGCGGUGGAGGUGGUGGUCGCGGUGGCUCCAGUUCCAGUUCCGGCUCUAGCUCCAGUUCUGGCUCCAGCUCUGGCUCCAGCAGUGGUGGCAGCAGUGGUGGCAGCAGUGGUGGUCGAUCAGGUAGCAGCUCCAGUGGCAGCAGUGGUUCCAGUGGCAGUGGCAGUACCAGUUCUGGUAGCAAUCGAGGCGGCUCUUCCGGCGGUGGCUCUGGCGUCUCCCCGUCGUAUGGCGGUGGAAGGUAUGGUUCAUCCGAUUCUUAUGGCUCGUCUUAUGGCUCGUCCGAUUCCCAUUCCCAUUCACACAACACCGUCGGCCAUUCUAGUGGUGGACAUUCCUCCGGUUCAACUUCCCCUCGUGGCUCUGGCUCUCGUCCCUCACACGCAGGGUACUACUCCGGUGGCGCGCGCACUCCCUACUCAGCAGGUCGAGCCUCACCUCUAGGAGUAACUCCAUUCCUCCUACCCGUAGCAGCACUGGCCUUCUUCCCAGGAAUCUGGCUAUACGGUGCCUAUGCGUAUCCCUACUCACACCCAUACCACUACGUCAACAAUACCAGCAACCAUAACGACACCAUCCCCGUGGUUUGUCUGUGCGAAGAGCACCAGGAGUGCGGAUGCGACGAUAACAACAAUAGCACCUACUACGAGUCCCUCUUCAACGGCACCGAGCCGAAGAACUCCACCAACGUGCGCGUUGUGACUGUCAACGGUACCGAGAAGAUUUAUAUUAACGGUACCCUUGCCAACGGGACUACUGCGGAUGAUGGGUCUUCGUCGGGGGCUUCGCCCGCGGUUAUGACCCUUAUGCACGCUAGUGGAUACUGGUUGACUUUUGCCAUUGUGGCUGCUACUGUUUCGAUGAUCUAA